GGUUAUGAUUAUUGAUCUGGCGUUAAUCUGAAUUAAUUAACACAUCUUAUCCAUAAAAUUACGUUUAUACGACUCUACUUACUUAUUUCAUGGGAUAGAAAUAUAUAUUACUUGUUACAUAAAACAGGACUAUGAUUGGUCAAAGUAAUGGAUUUUUCAUAGCCUAAUAAGAAUACCUGUACAGUAGUUUGAAUCUGUUCAUUGGUCAAUGUUUGUUGUAUACUCAAGAUAUACUCACCUAACGACCUUACCAAUAUUUUAUUAAUUAUAUUUAUUCAAUGAUACAAGUGAACAUCGUGAACAAUCAUAAUGCAUGAAGGUAAUUUAUCUACACGUACAGGAAGUAUGUGCUCAUCUUCAGGGAAUAGUAAUAAUAAUAUUAUUAAAAUACCACGCCGUACAUCAGUGACUCCAGUUACACAAAAAUCAUCAUUAGUUCCUCCACUUAGUAGAAAAUCAUUAUGCAAUAACACAACAACCAUCAGUUCAUCUAACGAAGCAACUACGUCUUUUCCAUCGGACAAAUUACGUCGUAUGUCUACGCUAUUUAGCAUCGAUCGAGCAAAAGCACGUGAAGUCAUUAUGGCUGUACUAGAAGAUCCUGCAAGAACUGAAUUUAAACGUCUUAAAAUAGAAAAUGACAGCCUAACUAGUGAAUGGAAACAAGUACGUAAAAUAUUAGGACAAUUGCAAGCAGAUUAUGAAACAAGUCGCUCAUUAGAUCCUCUAAGACGAUUUAAGCAUUUACAAGGUAUGGUCAAACGUAUUGUUAUGCAUAUACGUAUUACCGAACCGAGUUCCCUGAAGAAAUUUUCUACACAUUCAGAGAAUUCAAGUGAAAUUACAUUACAAGGAGAUGUUCUGCAAAGUGAAACUAAAGUGAAAGAAAUGGAAAAACGUGUUGGACAAAUGUGUGAUAAUUAUUCGACUGAAGAAUUAACCAUACAAAAUCGACGAUUAAAUGAAUCAAAUGAACGAUUAGAAAAUCGUCUACAAUUAAUAAUACAAACAAUAAAUGAAUUAGAUAACCUGUAUAAUUCUAUCAAAAAUGAUGGCUUCAUUAAACGUUAUACCACUUUAAAAGAUGCCGUUAAACGGAUUGUUACAAAUAAUGAUUUAUAUGAUAAUCCUUAAGUAUAAAAAUAUAACAAUGAAGUAUUUAGUUUUGCUUUUUUUUCACUCACUUGGCUCAAAGCUAAUCGUCGUUGUUGGUGUUCUUCUUCUUCUUCUUCUUCUUCUUCUUCUUCUUCUUCUUCAAAAUACUACUUAAAUACUAAAUCCAAUUCUGUACACAUUUUUCUAAACAAACGAAUAAAUGGGAACAUGUUGAUGAUGUAAUGUCGAAUUUCUGCUUUAUGUUAAUAUGUCAUUGUAACCAAUCAAUAAUUUUGAUUAUUUUUACUAGUAUAUCACUAUGUAAUUGUUUUUCUUUGGGUAUUUUUUAAAAUACUAAAUUAAUAAUUUCAGUUAUCCAAUAAACCAUGGAUUGUAUUACACUUUAGAAAUGUGUAUUCUUU